AUACGGUUUUUGCCAAAGAGGAUCAGCCAACUUCUGCCUUUGAACGAAUUCUUUCAAUAAUCCGCUUUCCAUCAUUCUUAAUGCCUUCAAUACUUUCAAUACUCCCUUCAGCUCAUGGAAAUUUUGGCGAUUCUAAGUAUACAAGAUGGGGAAAGGCAGUAAGAACAAGGAGGCCAGCCAUGCCAACGCUGACAAGCCUAGCGACAGCAAAAUCUACCCGAUAGACAUAUCAAACGCGCCUAUCGCAGAUAGCCCAAUGUUGUUAAUCCAAAAACUCACUAAUUACAUUGAAGGAGAGGAAAAGAAUUCAACUGCUUUGAGGAAUGAGACGCAGCUUCUCAAAGAGCAACUCCAGGAAUCGGAAGAGGAGGCGCGCGCAUCAAAAACCAGAUCCGAAAAUCUCGAGCAAGAAUUACAGCAACUUCGAGAUGAGUCCAAAACUAGAAUCAAUACUACAGAACGAAUCGAGCAGGAACUAAAUGAUGAGCGUACAAAGUAUCGCAGCGAGAAACGUUCAUCGGAGUCAGAGAGAAAGAAGCUCCAAAAAGAGUUAACUGAGCUGCAGUCUGUGAUGCGAAUGGGGCGUAAUGCAAAUACACUUUUACAACAGGAAAUCAAGAAACGCCGCCAAGAUCAUUGGAAAGAGACGGAAAAUCUGAAAAGGGUGAUCCUUGAGUUGAAUCAAAGAAUCGUGAAAGAGGAUAUCAUGAGAGACGCAAAAGAUCGGGCAGAUGUCCACAGGAUUGCUAGUGCGCCGGCAGGUGAAUGUAAGGCAGAGUUCAAUGCCUGCAUAUCAAAAUCAGCUCGAGCAGGUGCAUCGGAGCAGGAUUUGGCUAUCAAAAAUCGGGUAGUUGAAAAGAGCGCUAUUGGAGUUUACGAUAGCAUUCAUCCGAGGGUGAAUCCAAACACGAAAAGUGUGGAACCAGUUAUAUUUCUCACUCGGAGCCAGAUCGAAAGAAAAGAUAUCUGGCAGAAAUCCCUCUUUCAAAUACUGAAUUCUAAACUCGAAAAUGAAAAGGUUAGUGGGGCAUCGAGUAGAAGAAAUGCAUACUGAUAUUAUAACAGGAACAUAGAGCUUUCGUAGAAGAGUGGCAUGCUACAUAUACUGGUCAGGAUAACUUUGACAUGGCGCUUUACUUAAUUUUGGCCUGUUCUCAAAUGGACGAUAGUGUACUAGUGAUCGAGAAAAAAUGUAUUGCUCUCGAAACCGAGCUGUCGAAGCAGAAAAUGAAGAUGCUAGAACGCCAAGAAAGCCUAAUCGCAUCUCAUGCCAAGGUGGUAUCUGGUAUGGAAGGACGAGCCGAGUUGGCGCUGGCACAAGAGAAAGUAAAUCAAGACGAUCUUAAAGAAGCUCAUACAAAAGAAAUCAACGCCUUGAAAGCAAGUUUCGAAACCAGAAUCAUGGAACUCGAGGAAGAACAUCGCCCGUAUAGAGAUAUUGCUGAAAGAAUCCUGGCCCGUGAGCGUGAGUGUAGUAAACCUCCCAAAGAACGCAGCGAGGAGAUCAUGGAUCAGGGAAACCUCGCCGCUCAUGGAGGAAAGUAAGUUCCUAUCCCAGAGUCAACUAUCAGAAAAGGUUCACUAAUACUUCCUUUACGUAGCUGUCUCGCUGUAUCUAAACGAAUAGCUUCAAGCCCAAACUUUGACGACAACGAAUGGUUCGAGUCUUUGUACGGUGUUAGCAUUGAAACUUUUACCAAGUACCAAGAUUCCCUGAAGAUGCGCAGGCUUCUCGAUAUGCGAUACGAGAUGAGCAAAUUUAAGACUGUUCAACUUGCUGAAACCGAGUUUGAAAGGAACUUUCAGUAUGUCAUGACGCAGCUUACCAAGAAAGAUCAUCUUCAGAAAACUUCCAGUGGCAAACCAUGGGAGUCAUGGGGGAGCUUUAGCGAUGAUGAUGGAGAUUUAGAAUCUGCCUUCAACUCAAUGUGUAAGGAGUACCAUGGCACAGCAGAGAAUGAAAAGAAGCGUAGAAAGAUGGGAUUGUAAGUUGAAGCACCAUCCAAAUUUAUGUACCUGAUGCUAACUGUUUUAAGAAAGAAUAAACCAGGUCCGUCUACCUUGGAUGUGGAUAGUUUAUCAAAGAUAUUUUCCAAAGAAAAACAGUAGUUAAAUGCAGUACAGUCAAACGAUUUUGAGUUUUACAUUCUUAUCCGUGUGUUCAAAAUUUGAAGUGAUCAAUAUCGAUCUUCACAUAAUUAACUUGCAAGCAUAUCUGAUUGUUGAAAGUAGGGCAUUUGUCUUCAUUUUUUGGAUGGAUGAAAAUGACGGGCGCUGAAUAGAAUGGCAUGAAAGGGAAGUCGGCAAGUAGAUCCGUAACUUCGCAGACCGACUGGUUGCAAGAAACAGUAGUUGAUAUAUAUGAUCCAAUUGCGAAGUCAUGCUGUCAAACUACAUACAUUCAAUGCUAACUACAUGCUGGAAAAAUAUGGUGGUUCAGACACUGUCUAAUCCGAAUACUUUGUAAAGAGCAACACUUGAAGAAUGGUUGAUAUCAUCGCUGCGGCGACAAUGGCGUCUUUGAUUACCUAUAUAGUGUCGAGAUAAAUUGACGAUACUAUCCAAGUGUUGAAGCAAAGAGGGCUGCAGGGUGU